AUGUUUAUUAAUAUUGAGGAUAAAAUGCCAUACAACACAAAAAAUGAUAAAAAACUUAACGCUCAGAGAAAUGAUAGCAGCAUUACUAGCAGUAAUGCCAGUGACGACGUUGCUGAAUUAAGAGACUUCGAUGAUGUUCCUGUAGUUGUUACAAAGAAAGUAAAUGAAUUAUAUGCAAAUACAUCAAGGCGUAUUAGCCAAGAUAAUCCAUUUUUAGAGCUUUUUAAUGGCAACACCCAGAGAAAUCCUAGCCAAAUUGGGGGUGAUAAUAAUGAUGUUGAAUCAGAUGCUGGUUUCACCGAUAACUUUGCUGAUUGGAGCCACUUCAGUGUUACCGCGUCUCAUGAACCAUUUGGCGAUGCUGUUAACAAUCAGAGAGAUGUAAAAGUUCUUAGAAACUUUGCUCCCGUUAUAGCUGAUCCCACUAGAUUAGCAAACUUCGAUAAUGCAUCACGUCCAUACAGAUCAAGUCAUCUUAAUGAUGAAGGCUACGACAGCAGUCCUGAUUAUGGUGACGAUUUAGACCACGAGUCAGAAGCAGGUGAUGAAAAAGGCCCGAAUUAUGUAGAAAAACUAAGACAAAACCUUGCUAAAUUGGUUGGUGCAGACCCUGAAACACCAUUUUCUAAAUGGUCAUCAGGACAGCAACUAAAAGCGUCUUGUGUAAUAGGUGGAGCAAUUGCUGUAGGAGUUCCAAUUGCAGCAAUUGUUGGGAUAGGUGCUGUAGUACUUGGUGGAAUAUUUGGAGUAGGUGCUCUAAUAGGUGGAGGUUUGGGUUUAAUUAGAAUCGCAGGUGUAAAAAUAGGUCAAGGAUUUAAUUGGGCAGCGAAAAAAACAAUUGAGGGUACUAAAAUUGCUGCGGGGAAGAUAGCAAGCGCUUAUGCUGCUGCAGAUCAAAAAGUAAGAAAAGCGACUAGCGAUGGGUUACGCAGUGUAGCAAAUCGGUUGGAAAAGCUGGCUGGUAAGACCAAUCACCCAGAAGAACUAACGAAUCUUGAUGAAACUACAAAAGAAAACUGCAAGAAAGCAGUGAAAGUGCUUCAGGAUAAAGUUCUUGGUAAUCCAGAUUUUUCACAAGAAGAACGGGAGUCUAUUGUGGCAGCUACGAUGGGAAAAGUAGCAUUUAAGCUAGGCUUGAAGAUAACAACUCAGGAGAACAUUACAAAAGACCCUAAUGCAACAGAAUACGCAAGAGAGGAAGCACAAGAAUACUGCGAACUGUGGACAAAACAGAAAAAUUUUAUUAGUGGUCUGAAUUUUAAAAAAUUGGGUAACCUUCUUGAUAGUGAAUACAAAUCAGCGCCUAGGGAUCUUUACUUAUUCAAAACUGCUCUUGCUGAUCAUCAUGGAGAAGUCAAUAGUGCUGUACAUGAGGCAGUACAGGAAUUCUUGGAAUACAAACAAGAACGUGCAAAUGCUGCUUCAAAUGCAGAAAGCAAACCAAAACUUUUCGGAUGGUUUAAAUCAAAACCUAAAGCAGUAUCCGAUGAUUCAGGAUUGGAGAGUGACGCUACCUCUCAAACAUCACUCAGUGAAAGCUUGCCUGAAAGUAGACGUGGCAGUUACGCUGGUGAACAUACUGAAGAUAGAGCAACUCCUCUUGUUACAUCUAGGCCGUAUGUCCCAAGUUAUGGUACCUUCUUAUCACCAAACAAUAUAUCUGGUAGUGAGAGUGAUAACUUAGCUAAUAGUGGUAGCAGCAACUCACUAAGCAAUGGCAGUGCUGAUAGUGGAGUUAACUCACCUACUGAAGGUUCGCCUGUACAUGGUAACAAUUUACUUAAACCUAAUCUAGGUGAAAUAGGUCAAGCUAGAUUAAAGAAUACGGGUCACUUGCGUAGGCUCGUGAAUGUUGACAUUGAGCAACAUGUUGGUAAUGAGGUAACGGUGAACUAAGGUAGUAAAAUUCUGCUUUAUUCAAAAGAGUGUUACUAGCUAGUAACACUCUUUUUGCCUCACUUUCUACUCAUCUCAUUCCUUUUUAUCAUAUCUUUGUUUUGUAGUUGGCCAAUGUUACUGACUUUUAAGUCAAGUGCUUGCUUUUAAAU